CCAACACAAAGCAAAGGACACCCAAUCCGCAAGCACAAAAAUAUCAUCUCUCCCUCUCCACCGUAAUCUCUGAUUUCUGCCGAGUCUAUCGAGUGUUAUUCUGCUUCUGCAAACAAUGGCAACCGCAGCACAGGCUGUGAUUGCAGCAGCAAACACAUUCACAUGCACAUUUCCUACACAAAGGAGCUUCUUCUUCUCCAGAAAACUUCAGAAAGUUAACCAUCUCGCACUAGUUAGAGCUUCCACUGAAGAUGCUGACUGUAAUGUGGAAGAAUGUGCUCCUGACAAGGAGGUUGGAAAAGUGAGCGUGGAAUGGUUGGCUGGUGAGAAGACAAAAAUUUCUGGGACGUUUCCACCCCGCAAUCGGGGUUGGACUGGAUACGUUGAGAAGGACACUGCUGGACAGACAAACAUAUAUUCUGUGGAGCCUGCAGUUUACGUAUCAGAAAGCGUAAUAAGCUCCGGAACUGCAGGGUCUUCUGCCGAUGGAGCUGAGAACACAGCAGCAAUCACAGCUGGGGUUGCCCUCGUUGCUGUUGCUGCAGCUUCAUCAAUACUCCUCCAAGUAGGUAAGAAUUCGCCUCCGGUUGUGCAGAAGGUAGAUUACUCUGGGCCAUCACUUAGUUACUAUAUCAACAAGUUCAAACCAGAGACAACCGAAGCCUCGGCACCAAGUGUGGUUGAAUCUUCCCAGCCGGAACCCUCCCAGAUUCAGGUUGAAUCAGAGGUUCAGCAGGAGCCUUCACCGAGUGAUGUCAGCAAUAUCUCUUAGGCAAUGAAGCUGCUCUAAUUUUCUGAUAUGUAAAAUUUACCAAAUUUUUUUCUCUAUCAUCAUCAAUGUAUCUGAGUAAUUGUUACGAUGUAUGUCGUGAUACAUCUUUGAACAAAAAAGUGUAAAUCACAAUACACAAGUCGGAGGGAAUGUGAUUUUGGAAGAA